CGCCGCUACUUCGGCGGUGUUGUGUUCGUAAAGCUGUCAGAUUAUCCAGCUUUCCCCCUCGUCUCCGCUGCUCUGCACUUAUUUUCGCCGUGACUUGGAAGGAGCUCGGAUUUUACCCGCCUCCGUUAUUCUGACCGAGGGAGAUACAGCACUUGGACAUAAUCACGUCCCGUUGGAAUUGACUGAAAGAGUUAAAAAGGCGUUGUGAAGACCACUGGAUGCGCUGCUCUUGCUGAAUGAAGUCUGGGUUGUGUUUGACCAUGCACAGGACCAUUAGGUUGCCAUCACACACGCUUUAGCAUACAAGAUUACGACCAGAGUGAAGGGUGAGGCCUCUGUUAGACAAGAUAGCUCUCAUUGAUUCCCCUGUGGUGGAGACGGGUGCAGCAGGAAGCGGAGAGGUCGUAUUGACGGAUAUCUGUGUAUUGUCAGAGGCUAAAUGGGGAACAGUGCCCUCAAGUCCCACCUGGAAACCUCCCAGAAGACCGGAGUCUUCCAGCUUACUGGGAAGGGACUGCCUGAGUUCCCAGAGGAGCUGCAGAGGUUGACGGGGAACCUGCGCACGGUGGAUCUGUCCGGUAAUAAGAUUGAGGUGCUUCCUGCUUUCAUAGGACACUUUCUGCAUCUGAAGAGCCUGACGCUGAACUCCAACAAGCUCACCAGUAUUCCCAGUGAGAUCUGUAAAUUGAAGAAACUGGAGACACUGAGUCUGAAUGGGAACCAGAUCCAGCAGCUGCCAUCCACACUGGGCCAGCUCAAAGCCCUGCGCACACUCAGCCUGUCUGGAAACAGGCUCCGAGACUUCCCCGGUGGCCUGGGGACUCUGCGCCAGCUGGACCUGCUGGAUCUGUCCAAGAACCGCAUCCAGACUGUUCCCCCCGAAGUCACUGACCUGCAGGCCAUUGAGAUCAACCUUAACCAGAACCAGAUCUCGGUGUUGUCAGCAGAGGUGUCUCGGUGUCCCAGACUGAAGGUUCUGCGUCUGGAGGAGAACUGUUUGGAGCUGUCCUCCAUCCCCGUCUCCAUCCUCUCCGACUCCCAGGUCUCCCUGCUGUCUGUAGAGGGAAACCUGUUCGAGGUCAAGAUGAUGCGAGAUCUGGAAGGCUAUGACAAGUACAUGGAGCGCUUCACCGCCACCAAGAAGAAAUUCACCUGAAAAUGCAAAAGGUUGACCUCGGAGCGCCACCUGGAGUUUGUACUCUUAACUACGGUCAAGACUGCGGUAGUCAGAUGAGCAUGCUAACACGAAAGCUUCAUAACCUCAGCAGCAGCUUCCACAGUUCAGCGAGAGACGAGAAACUGUUUUAGUCUGACAGAUGGAGGAAUUCAGCUUUCAGUAAACUGUAUUUACACAUUAAACACUAUGAAUUAACAGGCUGGUGAUGAAACACUGCUCAGGACCAACACGUUGAACCACAACACAGUUUUUAUUCUUAAAAGGACUACAAGUUUUUUACCAGAACACAACUUUUCUCCAUCCAGGAAAUGAACUUUCUAGUCAUUAAAACUACAAAGUCUUUUGCUGGAUGUUGCUGGACGAGUAGUUCAGCUUAGAGGUCCGUGCUCCCAGAAUGCUUCCGUUUGGUUUCCUUUCUUUCCGUUGGUGCGUUCAGUUCAUCGUAGAGUAUCUUAACUUGAGCACAAUUCUUUUUGUCCAUGUCACUUUAACCUGAUUUUGAACUCUCCUGCUCAGAGUCCUGCUGCGUUUGUGAUGACGGAGGUAAACUGAAUGUCUGAAGGAGCGUUCAUAAUGUCAUGUCUUAAUGUACAGUUACGUGAUGGUGCAAAUGAUACACAGAAAAUAUACAACCAGAGUUUAAGAUGAGAACAUUUCUAUUAAAUCUUAUAUUGAAGGAGUCAUUUAGUGCAAUGUCUUGUUUUACCAAGUGUUUGGCAUUAUUUUAUUUUUAAAAGAUCCUUCCACAGGCGCUCUACAUCAUGAUUCUGAAUAUUGUUGCAUUUAUUUAUGAUUUGGUUUCAUCCGUGUUCAAUUUGUUUUCUGAUGUUAUGAUUAAUAUAAUGAGCCGGCAGCACUUGUUUAGCAUGUAGCUUAUUUUCUUUAAGAACCCCCCCCCCCCCCGCUUUUUUCUCCCUGAUUGUAUCCGGCCAAUCUUCCGAGCCUUCCCGGUCGCUGGUCCACCCCCUCUGCUGAUCCAGGGAGGGCUGCAGACUACCACAUGUCUCCUCUGAUACAUGUGGAGUCACCAGCUGCCUCUUUUCACCUGACAGUGAGGAGUUUCACCAGGGGGAUGUAGCGUGUGGGAGGAUCACACUUUUACCCCAGUUCCCCCAACCCCUCCGAACAGGCGUCCCAACCGGCCAGAGGAGGCGCUAGUGCAGCAACGAGGACAUAUACCCACAUCCAGCUUCCCACCUGCAGACACGGCCAAUUGUGUCUGUAGGGACGCCCGACCAAGCCGGAGGCAACAUGGGGAUUCGAACCGAGAUCCCCGUGUUGGUAGGCAACGGAAUAGACUGCUAUGCUAUCCGCACUUUCCCAGCAUGUAGCUUAUUUAUCCAUCUGCUGACAUCACUGCUUCAGUAGAUUUCUUAAGUCACGAUGCCAUCACUUUGUGUCGCUUAACACAACCAGAUCCAUCUGGUUUUUCCUGUAUGGGGGAUGAAUAGGACUUCAGGA